UUUGUGAAGUGUAAAAACAGCUAUGGCUUCGAAAAAAAUGCGGACUGAUGGAAGCUUGUCCAAAAAACGCCGUCAGUACAUGGAACAGUUAGAACGUGAAUGGCAAGCGGAGCAGCAAGCCAAUCUUCCGGGGCCAAGCGUUGUAUCCAGUGUACAAAGGCCGGAGCUGGAUGCUAACACUACUGGUCAAAGAGUUUCGGGCAAUCACACCGAGAAGAUCACUUUUAAUUCUUCGGGAGGUGUAGCAGGUGAUGAAAGAGGCGUUCAAUAUAGUUCCGUGGAUCAGGAAUCCGAUACGGAUUUCGACGUGCACGAGGACAACGAUUGUCAGGACGAUGUAGAAGAUAUAUACAUGGAGAGCGACACCACCUAUAGUUUCUUCGAUAACAUAGCGCUGGCAGAAGGGCUUCGUUAUAUUGCCGUCACGAAGAAUUUAUCGCGGUCAACCGUCAACAUGAUACUGGCCCUACUUCGAAGAAAACUAAAUGUGUUGCUGCCAACGGAUUCGCGCACCUUGCUGAAAACGCCUUCCCAAAUUUCCGUCGACGGAUUACCGCUUCAUAAUAGUUCGGCAAGGCAACUAUGGCCGAUUCUUAUGAAGGUUGAGGAACUGCCAGAAGCCCCGGUAAUGUUAGUUGGGACAUAUUGCGGAUACACCAAGCCGGACAACAUCGAGCAGUAUUUGCGGCCACUCGUGACGGAAAUAAAUGAACUGCAUGAGAGAGGUUUGAUGUUCGGCGAUAAAAUGGUGCAUACUAAACUAUGUAUGUUUAUCACGGAUUCACCUGCUCGCUGUUUUGUCAACGCUACCAUUAUCUUCGUUGGAAAACAUAGCUGCCUGAAAUGUUCCUGCGUUGGAGUGCACGAAGCGAACAAGAAACAAUUUUAGCAUCGAUUACCUUUGGACCAACAGAAGCAACUUCCUGAAACAGCCGUAAAAUGUUGGUCUUAUCAUAAAACGGAAUUUUUGGAUUAGGCCGGCCAUCCCCACUUCAACUGCAUUUUGUCAAAAACAUUUGACAAAACAAUGCGUACAAUAACUCGUGUAACCUCUGCUUGUAGAAGGUAACUAAAAUUGCACUACACAUUCGCGUUUUUACCUCGUCAUAAAACUCCGCACAUGAAAACUUUUCAUUGAACGCUUCAUAUCUUCUUCCGACGUUAUUUUUUCCAUUACAGAUCCAGUAUCGAUGUUUGAUGACGACGGCGCCAGUACUACCCAGUUAUCAAUAAGAUGAUCUAGUUGGCAUUUCAUUGUGACCACUGCACUCAUCGUUUUGGAUACGUUCUUCAUAUUUUCAUCCAACUUUAGCUGCAUGUGGUUUAAUGUCAUCAAAAUUCGGUCCAACUUUUCUUCGACAGACGUUGAUCGAUUAGCGGCUGGUUGUUCGCUACCCUGGUUUGCCAUCGCUUCUGAUUGUGCUACGGUUGAAAUACUCGCUAAUUAUCAUUUAUUGUUCACACACGUUCGUUUUUCAUAACUAUUAUACCUUUUCUAAUUUCAGUACAAAUUUCACUGCUAGUUAAACGCAAUCAAUAUUUUGUUU